AGCCCUAGCAGCAGUGCCUAAUUGGGAAAGAGCGAGAGAGAAACGAAGAAGAAGAAGAAGAAGAAGAAGAAGAAGAAAGCUUAGGGCAAAGGUGAAAGGUGGGAGCAAAUGAUGGAAUAUGUCGGCCAUUUUUGUACUUAUCUUCAAUAUAUAUCAACGUGGCGGCCGUGCCCAUACGCCACACUAGCAGCCAACUAGCUUAGAUACCGCAAAGCCAGAGAGAAAAGCUAAGGGAAUCAAUAUCAUAUUAGCAGCCAAGCCAGCUACAGAGGUUUCGUUUUCUUGGGAUGGAAGGAGAGUACACUUGUUCGUCAUCGUCUUCUUCAUCGACGACGACGAGCUUAGAGAAGCGCAAGAAGAGACAACACGAGAGCGAUGACAACCAGGAGAAGCCCUACAGAGGAAUAAGGAUGAGGAAGUGGGGCAAGUGGGUGGCCGAGAUUAGAGAACCUAACAAGCGAUCCAGGAUUUGGCUUGGUUCUUACACAACUCCUGUCGCCGCCGCUAGAGCCUACGACACCGCCGUUUUCUACCUCCGAGGCCCUUCUGCGAGACUCAACUUCCCGGAGUUGGUUUUCCAAGAAGGCCAGCUGCAUGACAUGUCAUCCGCUUCCAUACGCAAGAAGGCCACCGAGGUUGGAGCCAAAGUCGACGCUCUCCAAACCGCUCUCCGGUCGCCGUCGUCGCAGUCGAAAACCGGCUCCCGGUUUGGUUCUCAGGUUAAGCCUGAUUUGAACGAGUACCCGGACCCGGAAAACUCCGAUGACAACUGAUCAAACUGUUUCCUAGGCACGAUGAUGAUCAGACUGAUCCCAACUGUCUAUAAUAUUAUUCUCCUUUCGUUUUUUUCAUUAUUGGUUUCUUCUUCUAUAUAUUUCCACAUAUCUCAGUUGAUGAUGAACAUAUAGCUACCCUCUUUGUGCAAUAAGUGAGAGAUGGAUAAAUAGAUAUACGUAGAAGGAGAUAUUAUUGGGGUCUUAGAAAACAGAAUCAAAAAGGGUUGAUGCUGUUUUGAUUACUACACCAGUACACCAGUUUUGGUUUUUCAUCGUGAAACUGUAACAGCUUGAAGAGCUAGCAAUAGUUAGUUAUUGGGGUCGAUCAUCAAUAAAUUCGUUCGAUUCCAACGUAUUUAGUUGCUUGUAUGGUUUUGGUGGAUGGAGACGGAGGAUCAUUCUCUGCGGUUGGUAUCGAUUCUGGACCCGGCCGAGUUUGAGCAAAAGAACAAAAUGGGAAAGGAACACCGGUGGCCUACUUCGUGGUAUUUGGUUACAGACUCUUAUCAUCUCAAUUUGAUUUUGAUGAGUAAGUUGCCAAACAAGGCGAGUAGAUAAGGAGAUAAGGGAGGAGGAAGAGGAAGCAAAGAAGCGGGUAGCAACUAUGACGUGCUUGUGGUGCGAAGUAUGAGGUAGCUAUGAAGGAGAUGGUCUUCAAUCAGGGAGGUUAUGUCCCUCUCACCAUUAACAUAGUUUCAUGAUAGGACUCGUAGUAUUGGUAGUGAAAGCUUUAUCAUGGACGGUGGGGCUUUUUUUUAUUUUCCUUUCUCCCAUUUUAAUUAGUGCUUAUUUACUAUUAUAGUUCUGUAUUAUGGAUGAGCAUAUUUACUAAUGAGGAAUGAGAAACCUGAAGGCUUGGCCUGUGAUCUGUA